UUACAUUACAAUCUUAUUCCACUAAAUAGUUGCGCCCAACAUAAGUAGUCAAGUGAGAGGGAAGACAAAGAAUAAUUGUUAGUAUUUGUUAAAUAAUGUAAAGUCUUGGUUCCUUGCAAGCUGCCACAUAAAUAUCAUAAUUGGUAUGUUACACUCCUCUCCUCCACCCCAACACAUUAUUACCACAUUAUACCUACUCCACUCCUUCCCUUUCCCCAUAAAAAUAAGCAUGGAUCCAAUUCCAAACCUCAAAUAAGCAAAACAUAUAUAGGUAUGUUUGGGAAAAACUAUUCCGGCGUCCCAGAGCUACCGGAACCGUCGGCCGGCGGAAACGAACAGGUGAUUCUAGCUUCCGCCAGCCCGAAGAAGCCGGCGGGGCGGAAGAAGGUCCGCGAGACGCGCCACCCAGUCUACCGCGGCGUCCGGUUGCGGAGUUCCGGUAAGUGGGUUUGCGAGGCGAGAGUGCCCAACAACAAAUCAAGAAUCUGGCUGGGGACUUUCGCCACUGCAGAAAUGGCGGCGCGUGCACAUGAUGUAGCCGCCAUUGCGUUGAGAGGCCGGAUGGCUUGCCUGAAUUUCGCCGACUCCACGUGGCGGCUGCCUGUUCCGGCGUCGUGCAGUGCUCAGGACAUUCAAAUGGCUGCGGCGGAGGCAGCUGAGACAUUCAGCCCGGAGUCAGCUGAGACAUUCAGCCCGGAGUCAGCUUCGUUGUCUAUGGCGGAGGAGGAAGAAGCUGUGUUUGGAAGGGAUAAUGGAUUGAUUUCCAAUAUGUGUGAGGGCUUGAUGAUGUCGCCGCCGCCUCUCUACGAUUAUGGCGUCGAUGUGGAAGCAGAUGAAAUACCACUCUGGAGUUACUCUUUAUAAAUAAUGGGUUUCUGUUUUUGUUUUAUGUAACCAUUAGAUUAGAAUCCUUUGUUCUACUUUUUUUGGCAACUACCAAGGUAAGGAAACAUGUUUUAGGAAACAAUUAAUUAAAGGCAGCAUCUGAAUCGACGCAAGCAAAAGAGAAGGCCCGGAUGAUUGCUAUAAGUGAAGGAAAUUAAAAAAUAUUGUUUCAGCUACACGUUUAUGGUCUCCGGCGAGAGAUGGGAGAGAGAUAGAUUGAAGCUUUUUGGGAGUGUGAAUAUCAAUCUGGCACCUUCGAAAUCUAUGACACCUUGGCGGUAUAUAAGAGUUGAUGCAAUGUGUAAUAGGGUUACUAGGAUGGAAUGUCAAUAAUUUAUUCAUAAUUCUAUUUAGUAAGCAUUAACCAUU